GCGUGAGGUUAUGGGGGCUUUCGUUUUGGCAAAAAUUGUACCUAUUAGCAACUAAUAUCAGUUCAGAGUAACUCUAAGUUGCUAUUAGCAGCUAAUAGCUAUUAUUUUUGCCAAAUCGAAAGGCCCUUAUAAUUACAUAUGAGAUUUGAGGUUAUAAUAUUUGAAAUAAUUUAACAAUUUUAAUUAAUAAUAAAGAUGUUUUUAACCAAUAUCUUACUAAAACGAGUAAAAAGCAAACAUAUUAUGGUUCAAAUGGAAAGUGUUGUUAGUGGUCAUACUUUCAACAAAAUCAGAGAACGAUUAGGAGACAAAUUGGAAGUUAUUAGAUUUGACCCUUACAUUCAAAAAGAGAGUUUGUAUAAAGAAAAGAAGAAAAUCCGCAGCAUGUGAGCUUAGUUAUUAAUUAAAUAGGUAAAUUAUAUAAUUAUUGUGCCGUAGUUUAUAUUUUUUAAAUAAAUAGUUUUCAGUAAUGUAUAGAACUGAAUGAGAAAAAUAUAUAUUUCCUCGUACUGCAAA